AGAGGAGCAGUCCCAUACCGUCUCUCUCUCUCUCUGUGUCUCUCAGUGGACACUGCACAGUAAGGAUACUGCCAGGGACUUGGAAUACUCGUCCUCUGUUUGUCUCUUACUUCCAGCAGGUUCUGUUCAGGAACGCAGCUAGGUGACGGUGUGUGUGUGUGUGUGUGUGUCGGGCCGGGCGGUCCAGGUCAACACAGUGUGUGUGUACGAUGCUGCGAGUGUUUAUCCUGUGUGCUGAGAGGCUUCAUACAGAAGACGAUGACGUCAGUGAUGCCUACUGCAGAGUCGUCUAUGAAGGAUCGAAAAAGAAGACAAAAGUCAUCAAGAAUAACAUAAACCCUGUCUGGAAUGAGGGUUUUGAGUGGGACCUGAAGGGAAUACCUCUGGAUUCAGGAGCUGAGCUUCAUUUGGUGGUCAAGGAUCACGAGAAGAUGGGGAGGAACAGGUUCCUGGGGGAGAGUCGAGUGGCUCUCAGGGACAUCCUCAACUCCUCUAACCUGGCUGCUAGCUUCACUGUGUCCCUACUGGAUACCAAGAGGAACAAUACUGGGGCCACACUGAGCCUGCAGGUUUCCUACAUCCCUCCCCCAGGAAUGACUCCUUUCUUCCAGCCUCCUCCUCAGCCAGAGGCCCGGGAGAAACCUGUGGAGCUGGACACUGUCACAGUCUUCUCAUUGGACACCAUGGGUGAGGAGGACACAGAGAGCAUGUUGAUGAUGGAGCAGACAGAUGACCCAGACACCGGGAGUCACCAGGGACCCCAUCAGGGGGGCCAGGGCGGCCAAGAGACCCCCACAGCCCAGACCCCUAAACGGGCCCCCCCUAACUACACCCCUGGAGUGAAGAGAAAGAAGAGGCAGCAGGGUAACAAGGCACCGCUCCCAAACAAACCACAGGACCUGCAGGUGCGCGUUCGAGUCAUCGAAGGCCGACAGUUGCCGGGCAUCAACAUCAAACCGGUCGUCAAGGUUACUGUUGGUGGGCAGUCCAAGAGGACUCGCAUCAGGAAAGGAAACAACCCAGUGUUUGACGAGACUUUCUUUCUGAACUUCUUUGAGAGUCCGUCAGACCUCUUCGAUGAGCCCAUCUUCAUUACUGUUUUUAACUCCAUGUCGCUGCGAACUGACUCGGUGAUAGGAGAAUUCAAGCUUGAUGUUGGCACGGUCUACAACGAGAGCAGACACGCCUUCUUGAGGAAGUGGCUCCUCCUCUCUGACCCCGACGACCUCUCGGCCGGGGCCAAAGGUUACCUGAAGGUCAGCCUCUUCGUAUUGGCUGCAGGCGACGAAGCUCCAGUGGAUAAGAAGGAGGGAGUGGUGGAUAAGGAGGAUAUAGAGGGGAACCUGUUGCGUCCUGCUGGACUCACACUCAGAGGAGCCAUUUUCACACUCAAAGUAUUCAGAGCUGAGGACCUGCCUCAGAUGGACGAUGCCUUUAUGGAUGGGAUGAGACAGGUCCUGGGAUUCGACAGCAACAGGAAGAACCUGGUCGACCCCUUAGUUGAAGUCAACUUCGCUGGAAAAACGAUGUGCAGUAAGAUCAUGGAGAAGAAUGCCAACCCUCAGUGGAAUCAAAGCCUGGCCAUGCCCAUACGGUUCCCCUCCAUGUGUGAAAAGAUGAGGGUUCGUGUCCUGGACUGGGACCGAGCCAGCCACAAUGAUGUCAUCGGGACCGCCCAUCUCUGCAUGUCUAAGAUCUCUGCCCCGGGAGGAGCGAUAGAUGAUGAAUUGGUCCCAAGGAACCUUCAGAGUUUCAUGGAUGACAGUCUGGGUUUCCUGCCGACCUUUGGCCCCUGCUACGUCAACCUGUACGGAAGCCUCAGGGAGUUCACCGCCUUCAACGACCCCCACGAGGCUCUCAACUUGGGCAAGCAGCGACCAGAUGAAGCAGAGAGAGAGGGAUGGGAGUACGCAUCUCUGUUUGGAUGGAGGUUCCAUCUUAAACCCCGGAAGACAGACUCAUUCAGGAGGAGGAGAUGGAGAUGUCGUAUGGAACCACUGGAGAAGACGGGACCUGCUGCUAUCUUCGCCCUGGAGUGUUCACUGGGGAGUGUGACGGAGGAUAAGAGUGAUGAGAAAUCUGUGACGGCGACCUUUGGGGUCAACCGCCCUACCAUUUCCUGCCUCUUCCACAGUGGGACUCGCUACCACCUGCGCUGUUACCUGUACCAAGCCAGAGAGCUGCUAGCCAUGGACAAAGACAGCUUCUCAGAUUCCUAUGCCAUAGUUUCGUUCCUCCAUCAGAGCCAGAAGACUGUGACUGUGCGUAACACGUUGAACCCCACCUGGGACCAGACACUCAUCUUCUACGAGGUGGAGGUGUUUGGAGAUGCUGAUGUGACAGAGAGAAGCCCUCCUAACGUCGUGGUGGAGCUGUACGAUCAGGAUACAUAUGGGGCAGAUGAGUUCAUGGGUCGCUGUGUGUGUCAGCCCUCCACGACCCCCUCCCCUCGUCUGGCCUGGUAUCCAAUCAGGAUGGGCGACAGGAGCGCAGGAGAACUACUGGCUGCCUUCGAACUCAUACGACGAGAGAAGCCCGCUGUUCAUCACAUCCCCGGACAGGAGGGAGACAUCCCCCCUCACAUUAUGGAUGAGGUCUUUCUCUCAGGAUUCCUGUCAGAAAACCAGCAAUGGCCCAAGGAUUCCGACCUGCCGAACCCGCCCCCCCAGAGAGAACCCAACGUCUACAUGGUUCCUCAGGGGAUCAAACCUGUUCUACAACGUACUGCUGUAGAGAUCUUGGCAUGGGGAGUGCGUAACCUGAAGAGCUUCCAGCUAGCUAGUGUUACCUCUCCCAGCCUGCAGGUGGAGUGUGGAGGCAUCAUGGUUCAGUCCUGCGUCAUACGAUCUACAAAGAAGAAACCCAACUUCGACAUCAACACACUCUUCAUAGACGUGAGACUGCCCUGUGAGGAGCUUUAUAUGCCACCUAUCAUUCUGAAGAUCAUCGACAACAGACAGUUUGGGAGGAAACCGGUGGUGGGACAGUGUACAAUCAGGAACCUGGAGGACUAUCGCUGCACCCCUGAGGAAGAGGGGGAGGAGGAAGAGGACGAGCUUGAGGAGGUUGUCCAGACGCCUCGUGACGAUGUUCUGAUCGACAUCGAUGACAAGGAACCCCUCAUCACCUCACAGGAGGAGGAAGUGAUGGACUGGUGGUCUAAGUUUUAUGCUUCGACCGGAGAGACGAACAAGUGUGGAAACUACCUGGAGAAGGGAUGUGACACACUACAGGUGUAUGACAGGCCACUGGAGAAGACAGAGGGAUUUGAGAGGCUGUCAGACUUCUGCCAGACCUUCAAGCUGUACCGUGGGAGGAACCAGGACGAAGGAGAGGACCCUUCUAUAGUCGGAGAGUUCAAGGGUAUGUUCAAGAUAUAUUCUCUCCCAGAGGACCCCUCGACCUCCGCACCUCCCCGACAGUUCCGUCAGCUACCCUCCAACAGCAUCGAAGAGUGUCUGGUCAGAGUCUACAUCAUACAAGCCACCGGACUUCAACCUAAAGACUCUAACGGAAAGUGUGAUCCGUACGUGAAAAUCAGUCUGGGCAACAAGUCCAUCAACGACCAUGACAACUACCUACCUUCCACCCUGGACCCUGUGUUUGGAAAGUUGUUUGAGCUGUCCUGCUCCCUGCCCGUAGAGAAGGACCUCAGGAUCCAGUUGUAUGAUUAUGACAUGUUGACUAAAGACGAGAAGAUCGGAGAGACCGUUAUUGAUCUGGAGAACAGAUUCCUGUCCCGCUACGGAGCGUGCUGUGGCUUACCCCAGUCCUACUGCCUAUCUGGUGUGAACCGGUGGAGAGACCAGUUGAAACCAUCUCAGCUGCUAGUCAGACUAUGUGAGAGGAGGCACUACAGGAGACCUGUCUAUAAACAGGACAGAGUCUUCUUCAGAGGACGAGAAUACACUGCUGCUGACUUGGACGACGCAAAGCCCCCCAACCCUCAUCUGGGGCCCUUAGUGGAACGUUUGUCCCUACUGAUCCUGCGGAGACAGGGGCUGGUUCCUGAACAUGUGGAAACACGAGCCCUCCUUAGUCCUCUUCAGCCUGACAUGGAACAGGGGAGACUGCAGUUGUGGGUGGAUGUCUUUCCCAAGUCCCAGGGUCCUCCUGGACCUCCCUUCAACAUCACACCACGCAAGGCCAAGAAGUUCUACCUGCGUUGCAUCAUAUGGAACACAAGUGAUGUCAUCCUGGAUGAUGUCAGCCUGACCGGGGAGAAGAUGAGUGACAUCUUCAUCAAGGGGUGGCUCCACGGCCACGAAGACCAUAAACAGAAGACCGACGUCCACUAUCGCUCUCUAGGAGGAGAGGGAAACUUCAACUGGAGGUUCCUGUUCCCCUUCCACUACCUACCAGCCGAACAACUCUGUACCAUCGAUAGGAAGGAACACUUCUGGAGUCUGGAUAAGAACGAGACGAAGGUUCCUCCUAAAAUCACCAUUCAGAUCUGGGACAACGACAAGUUCUCUUUUGAUGACUAUCUCGGCUGUCUAGAGAUGGAUCUUCAUCACAUGCAGCGACCAGCCAAAUCCCCAGAGAAGUGUACCUUAGACAUACUGUCACAGGGACAGGAUAAACUGGUGUCGCUGUUCCAACAGAAGACGGUCAAGGGCUGGUGGCCGUGUGUGUGUGACAGCAACGGGGAGAAGAUCAUCGCUGGUAAAGUGGAGAUGUCUCUAGAGAUAGUUUCAGAACAGGAACAGGAUGAGAGACCAGCAGGACAGGGCCGAGAUGAACCAAACAUGAACCCUCACCUGGAGGAUCCACAACGUCCUGAGACAUCGUUCCUGUGGUUCUCCUCUCCCUACAAGACGUUGAAGUACAUCCUAUGGGGGAGAUACAAAUUCCUCAUCCUCCUCUUCAUCCUCCUCUUCUUCCUCUUCCUCUUCAUCGGAGUCUUCCUCUACUCCUUCCCUAACUAUGCAGCCAUGAAGAUGGUCGGACCGUUCAGUGGACCUGCUAAAGGAACUAAAUGAACAACUAGCUAAAUAAAAAAAUAAAAAGAUAACAACAAGAGGAGAGGAGGAGAUGAAAACCACAGAGGAAGAGGAGGAGAUGAAAACAACAAGAGGAAGAGGAGGAGAUGAAAACCACAGAGGAAGAGAAGGAGAUGAAAACCACAGAGGAAGAGAAGGAGAUGAAAACAACAGAGGAAGAGUAGGAGAUGAAAACCACAGAGGAAGAGAAGGAGAUGAAAACCACAGAGGAAGAGAAGGAGAUGAAAACCACAGAGGAAGAGAAGGAGAUGAAAACCACAGAGGAAGAGAAGGAGAUGAAAACCACAGAGGAAGAGAAGGAGAUGAAAACCACAGAGGAAGAGGAGGAGAUGAAAACCACAGAGGAAGAGAAAAGCCAAAGAAAAGAACAACUGACUGAAUAACCUAAAAGAGAGAAGAAGAAGAGCAGGAGGGUGGCAGGGUAGCCGAGCUAGUUAGCUGUUAGCAGCCACUGAAAAGUCACUGGUUCAAAUCCCUGAGCCGACUAGGUGGAAAAUCUCUCGAUGUGCCCUUGAGCAAGGCACUUAACCCUAAUUGCUCCUGUGAGUUGCUCUGGAUAAAAGCGUCCAGUAUACACAAACCGGUCAAAGUUUUUAAGAAAAUACCUACUCAUUCAAAGGUUUUAGAAAAUACCUAGGUUUUUCUUGCCAACAAAGGCCAAAGGUGGCUAUUUGAAGAAUCUCAAAUAUCAAAUAUAUUUUGAUUUGUUUAACACUUUUUUGGUUACUGUAUGAUUCCAUAUGCGUUAUUUCAUAGUUUUGAUGUCUUCACAAUUAUUCUACAAUGUAGAAAAUAGUUCAAAUAAAGAAAAACCCUGGAAUGAGUAGGUGUGCUAAAAACUUUUGACCGUUGGUGUACGACUAACGUGUUAAAGUUAAAUGAGAGAGGAAACGAGAGAAAGAACUUUUGCAACACAUCAACAAAUGACUUCCCCACAUCUCCUCGUCUGAUCUUUGAAAUCUCCCACCACGUAGCCUGGUAACUGUCACUGGCAUCCUCUUCUGUUCAUGGCACUUUAUCAUCAAUCAUCUGCAAAAAUAAUACUAUAAAAUUCAAUUAGAGAGUUCAAUCUGUGUGUUCCUACCCUGGUCUCGCCCCAGUACUGAACCCUCUCCCCGUUCACUUUGAUUCCCUCUCUCCCUUUAAUGUCUCUCCCUCCUUCUUUUUUUCUGUCUCUCUCUCUCUCCCUCUAAUUCCUCUUUCAUCCCUCCUUCUUUUUUUCUGUCUCUCUCUCUCUCUCUCUCUCCCUCUAAUUCCUCUUUCAUCCCUCCUUCUGUUUUUCUGUCUCUCUCUCUCUCUCUCCCUCUAAUUCCUCUUGCAUCCCUCCUUCUGUUUUUCUGUCUCUCUCUCUCCCUCCCUCUAAUUCCUCUUUCAUCCCUCCUUCCUUCAUGUCGUCAAGAAAAUAUUGCCCUCUUUUCACAGCUAGACGCUCCUAUCUUCUUUUCUUCAAGCAGAGAGGGGGAUAGAUCUUCCUCCCUCGUCUCUUUCAACUUUCCCUUGUUCCCUGUGCUGGGUUAAGUCAUGGAUUUGUUCAUCGUGUUCGGAGGCUGGUGAUUAUUAGAUAUCAUGCUGUGUGUGAGACACACAUUUUUUUUCAGUUCAGGUUUUGCCAAAGAGAAUGUACUGUUAUAGCCUACAAAUGCAAACCAUGAUCAAAGUAAUGUACAGACAGACAGACAGACAGACAGACAGACAGACAGACAGACAGACAGACAGACAGACAGACACAGUCAGACAGACAGACAGACAGACAGACAGACAGACAGACAGACAGACAGACAGACAGACAGACAUAGACAGACAGACAGACAUAGACAGACAGACAGACAGACAGACAGACAGACAGACAGACAGACAGACAGACAGACAGACAGACAGACAGACAGACAGACAGACAGACAGACAGACAGACAGACAGACAGACAGACAGACAGACAGACAGACAGACAGGUUGAUAGACAGACAGACAGACAGACAGACAGGUAGACAUGUUGAUAGACAGACAGGUUGAUAGACAGACAGGUUGAUAGACAGACAGGUUGAUAGAUAGACAGGAUGAUAGAUAGGUAGGUAGGUAGAUAGAUAGCUCUAACUGUAGACUUAAAUAAGCGGCUGGCACCCCCCCCCCCCCAAAGGCUUAUGGAAAAUCCCUCUGUUGUUUCCCAAAACAAGUGGCUGGUGAUCAUUGUGACCCCCACCCCCUCCCCCCCACUCAACAGAAAAUGUCAGUAUGUAUCUUUAAAUAUGUAGCUGCCAAAAGCCUUAUAGAUAAGCCUUUUACUGCAACGUGUUUUGCUAUAAAGCCUAGACAAUCCUGCUGGAAUGAGGACCCGAAACCCUCAGUGACCGUCAGUCCAACGCUUGUUACCCAAGAUGACUGUCCCUCUUCACUAGAACAACUUGCCAUUAUAUACUGCUAAUGGUUUAGCCUUCACAGUAUUGCUGUCUUAAAGAAUCGUUUUAGCCUUCACAGUAUUGCUUCCUUAAAGAAUCGUUUAGCCUUCACAGCAUUGCUGCCUUAAAGAAUCGUUUAGCCUUCACAGUAUUGCUGUCUUAAAGAAUCGUUUUAGCCUUCACAGUAUUGCUGCCUUAAAGAAUCGUUUAGCCUUCACAGCAUUGCUGCCUUAAAGAAUCGUUUAGCCUUCACAGCAUUGCUGCCUUAAAGAAUCGUUUAGCCUUCACAGCAUUGCUGCCUUAAAGAAUCGUUUAGCCUUCACAGUAUUGCUACCUGACAGAAUUAUAGAAAUGUUAAUGAAGUGAUUUCUGUUUUGAGAGCAGUAUAUAUUUGUGCAUUAUGUAUCAAUAUACAAAAUAAACUGUAUUCAAGUCAA